UUACUUAGUCACUGAUAUUGCCGUCUAAGUAAUUUCAUAAUAUCUUAAGAUAAUUUCUUAAUUUAUUAAAUAAUUUCUUAAUAAGUUUAACGUUAGAUGAUAUCAGUAUUAUUUAACAAAUAUCAAAAGGUUGUGUUUUGUUACCAUUAUGUUAUUUGGAACACGUUCAAAGAUGCUUAUAUAACAAUCCUAUUAUAGCUUGUGAUUGGCAGCCAGAAAGUGAAAAUAAAUAUGGGGCUAAGAAUACGAUUUGGUUAAUUCAGUACUCUAUAAAACAAAGCCAAACAAGAAGAAAAGGAGUACUAAACAGCUUAAGGAUCAUUUCACCUACACGUGAGAUUGUCAAGAAACAAGUAGCUCAAAAAUCUGUUCUGAACACAAGUCGAAGAUAAGAACAGUCUGGUACAUGGUAGGAAUAGACAAUCCAGAGCAAGAAGUAGGUAAGAUGAUUACUUUAAAUAGUAAACUUGGUACAAAAGAGGAAAUAUCUUCUCUCGCUACCAAACUUCGCUCAGUUCCUGAUGAUAAAGACAAAAUAGAUGUGGUAAAGAAGCUGAAACAAACUGAGUUUUACAGUGUGUUUGUUGAUUUGUAUAAGAGUAAUGAGGAGUUGCAAUUUAGGAGGGAUGCAACUUUCAUUUUGAGAAGGGUCGGAUACUUCGGUGAUAAGGAAGAUUUAAAGGAGCUAGUUCAUAGAGGUAUAGUGAGGCUCAUCCUUACAGACUGUGUUUACUCAACAGAUGCAGAUCUCAUAACAAACGUAGUGACAGUCUUAAGAGAUGUAUGUUCCAAACAUAACAGGGUUCUUUUGUCAGACAUUGCCGAGGAGGGUCUUUAUGAUAAAGUGAUAUACCUGCUGGAGACCUGGAAAAGUAACGAUGUUAUAGCUGGGAGAAUACUUUCCAUGAUCAACACGAUAUGUUCUUAUGAGAUGUCACUAGGUGAAGAUAUUGUUUCAUUAAACCAGCCUAGAUUUGUUGAUAUACUGAGAAAUAAACAUCAACCUCUUAGAGAAAUAAUAAGUUCGGACACAAGCUGUAAAGUAACUGCUGCGAUACUGUUAUUCAAAUACCUGGGCAGUAUUGAAAAAAGUGAGCUAUUACAACUGUUAAUACCACCGACAAAUGAAAUGUUCACUGAGGGCGGUAUUGUAAAGCUAGCUAGUAUCAUAAAAGCGAUACCUGGUAGAGAAGAAGAAUUUGGAAAACAAGUAAUCAGAGAGGUUGUUUCAGCUAACUUUAUCAGCAAGUUUAGUGAACAGUACGACAGUAAUACUGAGGAGGUGUAUCGUAGAAACCUGACAUAUGUGCUGAGAAGAGUAGCUUAUCUAGGAGAUAAAGCUGUAAUAAGCUCACUGGUUAAAAGUGGUGUAAUAAAACAUUUGAUAACAACAUGUGAAAAUUGCACUGACAGUGAGGUUAUGUGCAAUAUAUCAGCUACUCUAUGUUACGUUUCUUACGAUAACGGUGAUAUCUCACAUGUUGACCACCUUGUUGGGGAGGGAGUUCUAACCCUUAUAUCUAAACUACUACAGAAGUGGAGUAAAGAUGACACUGUGAUGGUUAAGGUACUUGUAACUUUACUGAACAUUACCUGUAAUAGGGAGGAUAUCUGUGAGUUAAUAGCUAACAGUACAGAGUACGGAGAUAAACCCGAACUAGUGACAAAUAUUUUCCAAACAAGCAGUAAUGUGAAGGUACUGGAGAGCACUAUUGAUUGUAUUUACAGCAUGUUACAAGGGAGCAUGGCUUUACAUGAGCACUUCUCCAACAAACAACUCAUAGACACGUGUAUCUCCCGGAUCAGAUCUGAUGUGUUAUCUUCUGAGUACAAAAUUCAUAUAUUACGGGGUAUUGUCACCAGGCUCACAUGCAACCACCCUGCUAAAGUUGCUGCAUUGUUAGUUCCACACACACAUUCUUUGAAGGAAAUCGCCGAGUUAGACACUGACACUGAGCUAUCUAGACAUGCUGCAGAGUUGAUAAAUACGUACUUAAGUUGUGGUGAAAAGCGACAUAAAUGUGUUUUGGUCAACACACUGUUUAUAUUAAAUAUCUUGAAAUUUUUUGCUCUAUAUAUUGUAGACAUUGUUUUAGACAUUAAAGUAGGGAUAAACUCUGUUAAUGAUGCUACUUUGAGCACACGGUAUGAGGGUUAUUGUUUACUUUUAUUUAGUAUUUUACCUUUGAUUUAUCUAAAUUAUCAAUCUGUUUUACGGUAUUACAUUCAAUGCUGGAACAUGAUAAGUGUCGAUCCUGUGAUAUCUCUACAGGGAUCAAACAGAGGACGAAUAAUGAAGUUCUUUUUCCCUUGGAGGUUUAACAGUGUGAAACACGCUAUCUUGAACAUUUUAACAGUAUUACAGCUGCAUCCCCUCAUAAGAGCUUUUGAGCUGGUGUUUCAUCGGAGUAAAACGCUGUAUACAAUCAUAAGUAAUAAAUUUCAUUUUGGAAGACUCUCCACUCAAGAGAAGAUCCUAGAGAAUGUGCCCUGCACUCUUAUCAAGGGUAUAAUUUUGUAUAAAUUCAUCGACAGCAACAAAAGUGAUGUUGAUUUUAGUUUGGGAUCAGAUGAAUAUGUUACCCUAUUUUCAACUGUAUAUGGUAUACUAACACUCUGCUAUAAAGUAGCAAGUUUUGAAGAGUUGUGCAGGAGUGCAGACAAUUCUCCUGGAGCCCUCAGGACAUGUCAGAAACUAGUGUCGUUCAUAGGAGUAUUGCUCUCACUUAAUUCACGACUUAUCAUGUGCCUUGUUCUAUUCAGCGUGAUGCGUGAUAAUGGAACUAUGUGGAUUUUUACCAUCAGUGUAUUUCUUCACAUAUUGUUAUCUUCUGUUACUCACUUACUAUCUCAUCACGAGUGGCAGUCUCCUUAUGACUUUUCGAUGGUAAAAAGAAAAUUUGUGAUAAAGGAUUUUAUUCUGAGAGAAGGCAGUAACAGAAACAGUAAACUUGUAAUAAUUGGACGAUGCGCACUAGUGUUCUGUCUAUCAUGGAGUGAAUCCUUUAUAGUGAGCCUCCGAAAUCCUAUAGAUCUGGUGUCAGGACGUGUUCCAAGCACUUAUCAUUUAAGAUCAAGACGACAGUUUUUCAUGAUUUAUGUGUUUCACCUGUUAGAAGUAAUAACCGUCACGGUUUUAGCAAACACUCUCAACUCUAAACGAUGGAUAAUGGAUUUGGGGUAUGUAUCGCUGGCACUAUUUCUCAUAUCUGGUGCAAUGUAUAUGCUGUACUUAACAGUUCUUAAUCCAGACAAGACAUCUAAAUUAUUGUCGGUUUCAAUCAACCCCAGGUUGAAGCAGUUUGGAUAUAAAUCCCAGGUGACCACAAGCACUCGAUUUUGUCAUGUAACUGAAAAAGCAACAAAGAUAAACAGCACAAAAGUCUACUCGUCCAAUCAGUAUAAUUACAGACUCCAAGUUCUAGAUCCCUGUUAUGACUGCAUGUUGGGUAGAGAACACACAGAUAAAGAUGAACCUGUUAAUCAGAGCAAAUGCUGCUCACGAUCAAGUUUUCUGAAGAAACUUAGAAACUGUUUUACUCGACCAUUUAAUAGCACUUACAGGAGACUCUCGCUUUCAAUUAGUGAUGCUGAGAAUCUUGCUGAGAAUCUUCAGUUGCGUCGUAAGGACGUGGAUUUGCUCAUUACUAAAGUGAGAAAGUACGACAAUAUUCAUCGUCAUCAGAUAUAUUUAUUUCCUGGUAUUGAGAACAUUGAAAAAGUGGACCCCAAGCUUAUCUCGAGGUGUAGAGCGAUUGGUUCAAAUGUGUUCCGCAGUAUUGAACAUAUCAGAGACGAUGAGUUGAGUCCUAAUCUCGUACCAGCGUGCAACAAACUGAAAGGUAGAAUAGAAAACAAGUACACUGAUGCGACUGAAGGUGACAUUCUCAAUGAUGAGCUGGUUGAACAGAUCAGUAACCUCUGCGAAGAAUACUUUUCCUUAAAAGAGCAGCAAUGGGAAAAUAAAGUUCUUGCCUGGUGUGAAACAGCUCCCACUGAGAUUCUUACUAAAUAUGACAGUGGAAAAUGGGGUUCAGCUCAAUGUAUAAAGGAUAUUGAGAAGUGGAUAACAGAAAAAGAAAGACUCGCAGUAUACUUGAACCCUUGUAAUAAUAACGCAGCAAACCUUCCUGACACUACUAUAGUGCUGUACGAUGAGAAACACUCUAAUUUCCACAUCAACGGGGUUAAAACACCCUCAAAACACGGCUGGGUAACCAGAAAAGUUGCAGAACUGAGGAACUGUUACCAUAGAAACAGGAGGAAUUCUACAUCAGGACAAACAGAGUAUCUGCCUGUCGGACAAGAUAUUGUUACAAUAGAAACAGGACAAGAUAUUUUUACCAUAGAAACAGGACAAGAUAUUGUUAAUUCAGCAGUUUAGCUUGUCAGUUUAUAAUAACAUAAACCCGCCACGCAAAGGGUUUAUAUAACAGAUCAUCCCGCGCUAGCGGGAUGAUCUGAUAAACACAUACGAGUGCGCGCAGCGCACGAGUUUUGUGUUAAUAUGUAAUCCCGAAGCGCCAGCUGAGGGAUUACAUUUAUUUAGCCCUGAGCGUGAAGUGUUUAUGGAUUAUAAUUAUCUCCGGCGAUUUCGACAAGGGAUUUAUACUUUAGAAGAGAUUGGAAAGCAGUUCAUCAAUCUGAAUGUCAAACCGAUCUGUCAUAGUGGAGCAAUAGCUUGAACGUUAGCAGGAACAAGAGCUGGAAGGAGAGCAAGCAAAACAAUACUAU